CCUGAUCGGUUAGCGGAGGUGUCCAUCGAGCGACAGCCCCGCCUCUCUUCACCGAAUAUGGAGGAGCGGACAGCAAGUUUGGUCGGAAUGGGCGAUUUAAAGAGGAGGAGGAGGGCCGCGAAUUAGGUUGCAUCGCGAGGGGCGGGGCGGGGGAGGAAAGAAGUUGAGGGCCGCCAUCUUGUGGAGGGUUGGCGGCGCUUCCUCGGGGACCACCUUUUAAAAAACAUUAUCUUCUCGGCGUCAUCUCACGUUAUUUUAUUCUUAUUGCUCUGGGGAGGCCUGAGGAAAGAAAGGGGCCGUCCUCGGGUUUCGGAUGCUCACCUCCGGAGCGGGGGAGCGAAGCGCACCCAACCCAUGACCGCCGCCGUUAACGCAGAAAUGGCUUCGGACAUCAGUGGACAGCUGGGCGUACCGGUGACUGGAAGAACUGGAGCAGGAACACAGCCACAGUCCAGUGGGGGCAUAGUGUCCCGAGCACCGAAAAGGCAUCCAGGACUCGACUUUGAUGACGAUGAUGACGGUGAGGGUAGCAGCAAGUUUCCAAGGUGUGAUGAAGAGCAAGGGCCCAAUGACAAAGAGAGAUUUGCCAGAGAGAACCACAGCGAGAUUGAACGGCGCCGGCGGAACAAGAUGACGGCGUACAUCACAGAGCUGUCAGACAUGGUGCCAACCUGCAGUGCCCUGGCCCGCAAGCCGGACAAACUGACCAUCCUGCGCAUGGCAGUGUCUCACAUGAAGUCACUUCGGGGCACGGGUAACACUUCGGCGGAUGGAACAUAUAAACCAUCCUUUUUGACUGACCAGGAACUGAAGCACCUGAUCCUAGAAGCAGCGGACGGCUUCCUCUUUGUGGUGGCCUGUGAGACAGGCAAAAUAAUCUACGUGUCUGACUCUGUUACUCCAGUCCUCAACCAGCCACAGACUGAGUGGUUUGGCAGCACACUGUAUGACCAGGUCCAUCCAGAUGAUGUGGACAAGCUGCGGGAGCAGCUCUCCACCUCUGAGAACGCCAUGACAGGUCGGAUUUUGGACUUGAAGACCGGGACAGUGAAGAAAGAAGGACAGCAGUCCUCGAUGAGAAUGUGCAUGGGUUCGCGGAGGUCGUUCAUCUGCAGAGUGAGGUGUGGGAAUGCGACAGAAGAUGCAGCAUCCAUAAGCAGACUCAGCUUCCUGAGGACCAGAUACAGAAACGGACUAGGUCCAGUCAAGGAAGGAGAGACUCAGUAUGUGGUCGUGCACUGCACAGGUUACAUAAAAGCCUGGCCUCCCGCAGGUGUGACGCUUCCUGAUGAUGAACCAGACGGUCAAGGGAACAAGUUUUGCCUGGUAGCUAUCGGACGUCUGCAGGUGACAAGUUCGCCCAACUGUUUGGACAUGAAGAGCAACAGUGUGCCCAUUGAGUUCCUCUCCAGGCACAACCCCAAUGGCGUCUUCACCUUUGUCGAUUGCCGGUGCCUGGGCACUGUCGGGUACCAGCCUCAGGAGCUGCUGGGGAAAGAUAUUGUGGAUUUUGCCCACCCAGAGGAUAAGGGACUUCUACGAGACAGCUUUCAGCAGGUGGUCUCGCUGAAGGGCCAGGUGCUGUCAGUCAUGUUCCGGUUCCAGACCAAGAGCCGAGAGUGGGCGGUGAUCAGGACGAGCAGCUUCUCCUUCCAGAACCCGUACUCUGAUGACAUUGAGUAUAUUGUCUGCACCAACACCAAUGUCAAGCAUCUGCAGCAACUUCCUGCCAUCACUGGGCAAGAAGACCUCUCCUAUGACCAUUCUCAGGUCGCUGCAGCAUCGGAACACACAAAACCGAUCAGCAAAGCAGAACCCCUGUACAGUCAGGAAACCGAACCGCGCUACACUGAAAUCUACUCGGCCCUUCCCACAGCCGACCAGAGUAAGGUGAUUCCCUCGACGCCGGGUACCGGGACUCAGCAGAUCUUCCAGCAGGGCACCUCCUUCCCGUCAACACGACCGGCACAGAACUUCAGCUCUGCCAUGGCUCCUCCUGUGAACAUUGUCCAGCAGCCAGCGUCAGCAGGGCAGAUCUUGGCUCAGAUCUCACGGCAAUCCGUCAACGGUCAGGUUACCGGAAAUGCCUGGAGUGGAAGCCGGCCACCGUUCCCAGCACAGAUGGCAACCCAGGGGCCAAAGACACAGUCGCCCCAGUUUGGCAUUGCAGCCAGCCGGAAUUUCACGGCCAAUACCGCUUCCUUCAGCCCCCUUGCCAGCCCGGUGGCCACGUCAACGGCGGGAGGCACUGCCUACCCGUCGCUCGUGAAUCGAACCUCUGCUUUCGCUGAAGCAGGACAGACUGGCUCGCAGUUCCAGAGUCGGCCCGCGGACGGAGGAUCUGUGUGGCCUCAGUGGCAGGGUCAGCAUCAUUCGCAGGCCUCCAGCGAGCAGCACACGCAACAGAACCAGCCUGAGGUGUUUCCGGACAUGCUGUCAAUCUACGAGGAGCAGGGAACCAGUUACAACAGCGAUGAAUUCUCGGAGCUCCCAAUAUUCCCGUCGUUCUCUGAGUAACAGAGAAAAGGAAGGCAUUACCAAGUCAUAUCCAGUCUUCCCCCAUCACAUCACCCACCCCCAACCCCACCCCAAACCCCCGUGAGCAUUUCAUUUGUAAACUGUGCCGCGGCCGUGUUAUUUCCACAACCCACCCAGACGGUGCUGAGCAGAGAAAGUGAAGGACAUUUCACCAGCCGAGAGACAGCCAUCCUGUCCCGUUAACUCCACCCUCUUUCUGAAUUUGGGUAAUCUUCAUCUUUAGUGUCCAGUGCUGAGCUUGGUCAGAAUUCCACUGGAGGUGGGGGCAUGGUACAUUUGUGUGCAUCUGGGGGCCUCUACCUCCCUAUGCUCAAAGCAGUGCUUGGUGCUUGCUCUAUGCCUGUGAUCAAAGCUUUAAGUGUGACGCUUUGGAGCACUUGUGCUGAUCUAGGUAUCAGUGCUCCUGCUUAUUCUUCUGCUUUGAUAGUGUUUUGAAGCUUUUCAUUUUGUUUUUGGCGGGGUUGGGUGUUUGAUUUAAGAGUAGGAAAGCAAGAUCACGUCCAUUUUAUUUUUUAGAAUGUCUGCCUGGUCUGUGCUGUUCACCAUGUGCGCUGGACGACUCCUGCCGUGGCCCAGGGUGGUGACCCUGCCACCUGGCCUCUCCUCGGCUCCUGCAAAGGAGACUGCUUGUGAGACUGUAAGAGCGUGCGUCGUGCAUUCUCUCGCCCUCGUCCCUGACGGGGAGUGGUCACCCGACAGUGUUUGUGUACUCUUUCCUUCUGUCAGGGUACAAGAUGCCAUGCUGCCCACUGACAAUGUGUGUGUGUGUGUGCGCGCGCGCGCAUGCCCAUCAAGGUGUAUUGCAGCUGAGUGACCUUCGACAGCACCUUCCAGACCCCCAGGUUUGAACUGCUCCUCCCCUGCCCAAGCACAGAGGAAUGGGGAUCCACUCUGCACAGUUUCCCUCUGAGCCCCACGCAUCAUCCUGCCAUGGAACUAUGCUGGCGUUUGCUUAGUUGUAGCUGGAUGAAAACUCUGGCACUCUCUCCCUCCCUGGUGGUAGCACCCUGUGCAGCUUACCUCCCUCUCCACCUUCUCAACGGGGUGAGAAUGAAUCUUUUAUAGCUCAGCAUUACUUUGCAGGACCCUUGAGCUCUUGGACACUCCACAAGAGGGAGUUGACCUUUCUCUUGGGCCGAGCAGGCAGGGGCAUCUGGCCUGAGCCCUGUGUUUGGGGAGAAGCCACCCUCAUUAAUUUGCACUGACAAAGUCUGUCUUAUCUAGUGGUGGGUAGUGACUGUCACCUCGGGGAUUUUGUGUGCUCGUUCAUCUCUCUUCCCCCCCCCCCCCCCCCCAGCAAACCCCUCUCUCUGACAAAAUACAGGCACUUCCACACUUCUCACUGGCCCGGUCAGUAUGUAGUGUGCCUUCCCCUGUGGUUGUAAAGGAUGGACCAGCCAACGUGUCCCUGUCUGUCUCACCUUUGGAGGUCAAGAGGUAAUGUGGACCAUUGGCAGCUACAGGUGGAUUUCCCAUCUCAGGAUCCCAAGAGAGCAGAAUUGGUGUAAACUAUAUAUAUUUUUUUCUCUCCCAACAAAAGAAAAUGCAAUACUGGGGAUUUAAGGGAUCCCUGAAUUUUGCCCGAUCCCUGACCCCAAGUGAGUGCAUGACCCUUUAGAGCUGCAAGGGUCUCGAGCUGUUGAGGAGGAGUGAUCGUCAGUUUUAUUUUUUAAAUUUCUCACGCGACGGAACUUUCUAAAUAGUUUCUCUUUGUAAAAAAUAAUGGAUGUGUAAUCUGUUGUAACCUCUGUGCCAGACUCAGGUUUUCAUUUAUUGGAAUCUGAUGCGGUUUUUACAGACUGACCUGGUGCACAUGUGUCUGUAUUUUUUUCAUGCUGUAACAUAGAUUUGUAUCAAACUCAUGACUAGUUCAGGAGCAAUCAUGUUAAUUGUCUGUCUCAAACAAAACAUUGUGUCUCUCACCGUUUCUUCGUUUGUAAAUAUGUAAAAUCAGUUUUUGGGGGGUUGGGUUAGGAAAUGGACAGUUUAAAUAUUUCUGUGAAAAUAUGCAAAAAAGAUAUAGUUAAGGGGUUGCAGCAGCAAAGAAGGAACUGAUGCUGGUGUAUGCAAAUACUGCUCUCUCUCGCGCGCUCUCUCUCUCCCUCUCCCCCAACAUCGAGACCCGUUUAUGCUGGCCUACUGACCUCUCUACAGUAUUGUCUGCCCUGCCAAGCUUGCUACAGUCCUUCUGUUGCUGCAUAUCCUUGACUGAGAGAAAAUCUGUUUUUGAGAAAAUGGUGCAGGCACAGCUAUUGCCUGGAGCAAGGUGACAUGGAAAAGUUGGAUUGGAUGAUCUAUGACCCUGUUUAGUUGGUGGAAUUUUUGACAUCUAAGGAGAGAGGUGCCAUUUUAAUUAAGUCUCCCCUCACCCUGCCCCAUCGGUUAGUUUUUUUCCCCAGAAGUGCAUGCUCCUGUUAUCUCUCAAACCUAUGCCUGUUGCAGGGGGGAGCAGCCCCUCUGUUUACCUUGAGGCCGUGGCCUACAGUGGGCAGCAUGGUGGCUCUGUGGUUGGGCGAGCUGCCUCACAGCACCAGGGACCAGGGUUCGAUUCCACCCUCUGGCACCUGUCUGUGUGGAGUUUGCAAAUUGUUCCCGUGUCUGUGUGUGUUUCCUCUGGGUGCUUCGAUUUCCUCCCAGACUCCAAAGAUUUGCAGGUUAGGGUGGGAUUGGCCGUGCUAAAUUUACCCUACUGCCCAGGGAUGUGUGGGUUAGGGUGGAUGGGCCAUGCUAAAUUGCCCUGUUGCGCCUAGGCAAGUGCGGAUUAGGGUGGAUUGGCCGUGCUAAAUUGUCUCGUAGUGCCCAGGGAUAGAACAUAGAACAGUACAGCACAGAACAGGCCCUUCGGCCCACGAUGUCGUGCCGACCAUUGAUCCUCAUGUAUGCACCCUCAAAUUUCUGUGACCAUAUGCAUGUCCAGCAGUCUCUUAAAUGACCCCAAUGACCUUGCUUCCACAACUGCUGCUGGCAACGCAUUCCAUGCUCUCUCAACUCUCUGUGUAAAGAACCCGCCUCUGACAUCCCCUCUAUACUUUCCUCCAACCAACUUCAAACUAUGACCCCUCAUGUUAGCCAUUUCUGCCUGGGAAAUAGUCUCUGGCUAUCAACUCUAUCUAUGCCUCUCAUUAUCCUGUAUAUCUCAAUAGGUCCACUCUCCUCCUCCUUUUCUCCAAUGAAAAAAGUCCAAGCUCAGUCAACCUCUCUUCGUAAGAUAAGCCCUCCAGGCAGCAUCCUGGUAAACCUCCUCUGAACCCUCUCCAAAGCAUCCACAUCUUUCCUAUAAUAGGGCGACCAGAACUGGACGCAGUAUUCCAAGUGCGGUCUAACCAAAGUUUUAUAGAGCUGCAACAAGAUCUCACGACUCUUAAACUCAAUCCCCCUGUUAAUGAAAGCCAAAACACCAUAUGCUUUCUUAACAACCCUGUCCACUUGGGUGGCCAUUUUAAGGGAUCUAUGUAUCUGCGCACAAAGAUGCCUCUGUUCCUCCACGCUGCCAAGAAUCCUAUCCUUAAUCCUGUACUCAGCUUUCAAAUUCGACCUUCCAAAAUGCAUCACCUUGCAUUUAUCCAGGUUGAACUCCAUCUGCCACCUCUCAGCCCAUCUCUGCAUCCUGUCAAUGUCCCGCUGCAGCCUACAACAGCCCUCAAUACUGUCAACGACACCUCUGACCUUCAUGUCGUCUGCAAACUUGCUGACCCAUCCUUCAAUCCCCUCAUCCAAGUCAUUAAUGAAAAUUACAAACAGUAGAGGCUCAAGGACAGAGCCCUGUGGAACACCACUCACCACUGACUUCCAGGCAGAAUAUUUUCCUUCUACUAUCACUCGCUGUCUUCUGUUGGCCAGCCAAUUCUGUAUCCAGACAGCUAAGUUCUCCUGUAUCCCAUUCCUCCUAACCUUCUGAAUGAGCCUACCAUGGGGAACCUUAUCAAAUGCCUUACUGAAGUCCAUAUACACCACAUCCACAGCUCGACCCUCAUCAACUUUUCUAGUCACAUCCUGCGGGUUAGGGUGGAUUGGCCGUGCUAAAUUGUCCCCUACUGCCCAGGGCUGUGCAGGUUAGGGUGGAUUGGCCAUGGGAACUACAGGGUUACAGGGAUAGCGUAAGUGGGUGUGUCUGGUUGGGAUGCUCUUCAUAGGGGUCAGUGUGGACUCAAUGGGCUAAAUGGCCUGUUUUCACACUAGGGAUUUUUAUAAAUAUUUGAGCCUUUCGCAGUGUUUAGAGCUGAAAAAUUUGUCGGCAGAAUAGAUGUUAUGGUUAAAGCGACCACAAUCUGUUGGUGUGCCGUUUUCUAAAAGAAGACAAACAAACUGGCUCUCUCACACCUUUCUGUUUUAAAAAGGUAAAGACUAAGGAAUUUUGGGGAUGCUGGUGGCAAUUCUGAACAGCAGCUUGAUGUGAAGGAUGUAUAGUUAGAGUUGUACAGUGUGGAAACAGACCCUUUGGUCCAACCAGUCCACGCCAUGUUCCCAAACCAAACUAGUCCAAUUUACCUGUAUUUGGUCCAUAUCGCCCAAACCUUUCCUAUUCGCUUAUUUAUCCAAAUGUCUUUUUAAACAUUGUAACUGUGCUGCCAUCCGCCACUUCCUCUGGAAGUUCAUUCCACAGACGAACCAUCUUCUGUGUUUUUUUUAAAAAAAAAGUUGCCCCUCAUGUCCUUGCGAAGGUGAGAGGAGGGAAAAAAAAUUAAAAAUAUGCCCCCCAGUCUUGAAAAGCCCUAGGAAAAAGACCUGCUAUUCGCCUUACCCUUGCCCCUCAUGAUUUUAUAGACCUCUGUAACGUCAUCCCUCAACCUCCUACUCUUCGGGGGAAAUGUGGUAAAUCUUUUCAGAACCCUGGCCAAUUUUAAUAAUAUCCUUCCUAUGGCAAUGAAAGUUGGUUUUCUGUCUCUGUUUUAAUCGUGGGGUCAUCAGUGAGAAAUGUGUUGCCAGGGAAGAGGCCAUUCAGCACCUGAGCCAUUCUACUGUCCAAAUUGCCAGUCGCUCCCAUUUAUCCACCUUGGUUCCAUAUCCUUUCAUCCUCUUCCCCCAACAAAAGAAAUACAUCAAUCAUAAAAUUAAACCCUUAAAACAUCUAUUCAUCUUGGUCUUGCCAUUUUUAAAAAAUUGAUCUCCAGCAUCUGCAGUAUUUUUAAGAGUUGGCCAGGUCUCCACUCAACUCCUUUAUAUUUUGUGUGGGGAAGUUGUCAUGACAUUACCCCCUUUUGAAAGCCACCACCCCUUGUUCUGGACUCCAUCCGAGCAAGUGUCCCUCUUUUGGCCUGCCAAAUCCUUUCCUCACCCCUUUUACUGGCACCUCAAUCACAUCACCUAUUCAUCUACGUAUCAGGGAAGAGCCAGCCUGAUCCUUUUCUCCUCCUCUUUGUGCCUGCAAACAGGGUCUGUAUAACUCCUCAGUGAAUGGUCUGUCCUAGCUCGGAGCCAGACCCUCAAGAGGAGAUUCUCUCAGUCUCUGAUUUAUUUUUUUUAAACGAAUUCCCCCACGCUAAGCCUGCCCCCAAAGGCAGGAGCGGUUACAGAUAACAAAGUGUGGCGCUGGAUGAAGUCAACAGGCCAAGCAGCAUCUUCGGAGCAGGAAGGCUUCCAUUUCGGGCCUCGACCCUGCACUAGUGGUUAAUCACUUGGGGUUGGGGGCGUGUGUGUGUGUCCCCACAGUAAAAAGACACCAUUGUGCUAAAAGUUCAUACUUUCCACCAUCAGGAAAGUACCCCUGUGGCUGGUGAAACAUUAACAAAGCCUGAUGAGGAAUAAAAACAGAAGUUACUCAAAGUUCAACAGGUCAGGCAGCAUCUGUGGAGAGAAAUCAGUGUUAUCGUUUUGGGUCCGGCAGUGGUAGCUUGGAAUUUCCACAUGCAAUUUCUGGUUCAGAGCAUCUGCAGUUGUUUAGGUUUUUAUAAACCCUGAUGAGGACAAUGUUUACUUGAUAAAUGUGAAAGGGGGGGUGUUAGGGAGAGAGGGACGGGGACUAAAUCAAAAUAGAGUUGGAAGGAGAAAAUCAUAGUUUUUUCAUCUGCCUCAGUGGGAUUUAAUUCUGUGGCCCCCACGAUUACUCUUUCAGUGACGUUACCACUAGGCUGGUGCCUCCCCCAACCUGAUCUAUGCAACCCAUCCCCAACCCCAUCCCUUUUGUAGCUCCUGGCAUUUUGAAUACUGGCAAAUCCUCCACCUUGACCUUCCAAUCUGCCGGUGUUGCAGGUCAAUAAGUACGAAGGAAGUGUGCAGCUCCGUUUUGGAUGUGGGGGUGUGCAGUGUGAGGUGUCAUGCGACAGGCAGGCUGGGCAGCCAUCUCUGAAGUCAGGUCAAAGGCCUCUGUCACAUUCGUCCCCUGCUGAGCCCAGGCCAUUCCUGUCGAUCUGUCCUUGCGGAUAUUUGGCGGUGACACCCCUGUAAUUACGGGACAAGCCCCUCGCCGAAUCCCCCCCUCAGGCACACAGAGUCUUAAUAUUUUGGACAAUUCUGGAAGUGUACGUUCAUGGUACGGGGGUAGCUGUCUGAAUCUUUGUUUGGGCAUCAUUUAAAGUUUCACAUCAAGGGUUCAAAGUUGAUUAUUUGGAUGUUGCUCUUGUUAGGAACAAAAUGAACUUCUGUUUCCUCCUUUAACGUUUAUGUAUUGUCUCCCCUUACUACCUGCACAUGUUUUUAAUUUCAUUUUUAUUUAUUCAGAUUAACGUUGUUAAUCUCUCCAUCGUGUAUUAAUAAAGAAGCGAGAUCUUC